UUUCUUUUGUUUAUUCUAUUUUGGUCGUAAACACAUACAUUUUUAGGACGUGUGGUGACAAAUUAUUCAUUUAUUUUGGAAUAAUGAAAUAAAUUCAAAACAUUCAAUAAGUUUUAACCGCGAAGAAUAAAGUUUCGAAUAACAUGGAAUAAAAAAUUUAAGCAGUAAAAUCAAUGGUGUUAACAAUAUUUAAGAAGUUGUCCAAAAUAACUUGAGAAUAAUCUCAGGAGGCAUCAAGACAAUUGAUUUUUUAUAGAUACCGUACAACUAAAAUUUCGGAGAAGGGGGAAAAAAUGCCGAAACGAUAUUGUUGUGUUCAAUCUUGCCCAUUGUUUCGUGGCACAUCGGAUGGAAAUGCUCGAUUUUUCUGUUCGCCAAAAGAUCCAGAUCUUCGAGCGAAAUGGGAUCAAGCCAUCAAUAGGCCACCAAUAGGCAAUUUUCGUUUGUGCAGCCUGCAUUUCAAAGAGGAGGAUAUUAUAUGGAAGAGCACAGGUGCAGCAUUGAGAUCCGGUGCCAUUCCCAUACCCGUCCCUGUGCCAAAGACGGAAAGUUUACCGGAGACACACGUGGAGAACGUAGAGUUAAUUGAUAUUGCGACAAUUAUGAAUGCUUCAAGUACACGAAAUCUUUGUCAAUCGUGCUUUGAUUAUGAUGUGAAAUUACAAGCGGCUUAUGCAAAGAUUGCGCUCUUAGAAAAGGAAAUGAGCGAAUUGAGAUCAAGAGAAAAUAAACGAAUGCAGGCAAAGAGAAUAGUCAAGAACCAAAUUCGUUCCAAUUCGACUCAAGACACAGAAAAGAAAAUGUGCAGUCUUUGCCUAGUAAAAUUAACAGCAUUUGAACUUGAACGACAUUUAUGCACGGAUGACGAAAACAUUGUUUGCUCUUUAUGUCCAACGACAUUCAAAUCAACAGUGAGCUUUAUCAGGCACAUAACGAAGCACAGCGAAAUGACUCUAGCAACUAAAAACAGAUUAAUGUUCAAGUGCAACCAAUGUAAUCUUGCAUAUGCAAUAAAAACUUUGUUGGAUUGUCACAAAAAAUCACACGAAGACAACCCUCCUCCGCCAGAAGAGCUUAAUCUCAAAGUUGAAUUCCAAGAACCGAUGUCGGUUGAUGAAACUUCUAAUGAUGACACAAUUCUACCCACAUCUAUGCUCACUGUUGAACUAAACGAGUCGGUCGAAUCAGCCCGACAAUUAAUCCAGCCAUCAACUCAAUCAAGUGCAGUGGACGAGCCUCCUAAGCCAGUGUCACAGGACAAUAAAUUGUUCAAAUGUGGACUAUGUGAUGUGGCAUUUGAGCUACCAAAGCAAUUAUCAUGUCACGUACGUGAAAAUCACGAUUCAAAAGACAGUUUUCAGUGUUAUUUGUGUAAAUUUGAUUUUGCUACUGUCAAACAACUUUGGAUGCACAUGAAACGCCAUGCACGAGACCAGAAAUGUGACAUCUGCAAAACCGAAUUAACUCUCAACGAACUGAAUUCACAUUUGUGUGGCGAUGGGAAAAGUAUUCGUUGUGAUUACUGUGUAGAUGAUUUUACGAUUACAUCGAAGCUGGUAGAUCAUUUGGAAAAGUCACAUAAAAAGAGGAAAAUCCAUCGAUGUGAAAUAUGUUCCAAAGUAUUUUGGAGCAUUGCUCUGAAGGAAUUGCACAUGUUGUCACACGCACAAGAUGCAGCAGUAUCUACACAUGAACAAGAUACAGCAAUGCCAUUUGCUUGCGACAUUUGUUCGAAAGUGUUUUGUAAGAAAUUUCAAUUGGGUCGUCAUAUGAAGACGCACGAUGAACAAAGACCUUAUCUCUGUGAAGAAUGUGGCAAAGGUUUUAAAUCGGCACAGAAUUUACUUUUGCAUAAAACUUCCAUCCAUUACAACGAACCAACACUUCAGUGCCCUGAUUGUCCACGUAAAUUUUUCCGUUUGUGUUUGUUGAAGAGCCACAGUGCCGUACAUCGCAAAGAUCGAGACGAUAAAUACGUGUGCGAAAUUUGUCAAGCCGAACUUGUAUCAAAAGUAUCAUACAAAAGCCAUUUAAAAAUUCACCGAAGAACAGAAGCUGAUCGAAAAUUUGCGUGCAAAAUAUGCCCUAUGAAAUUUUUCAAUGUAACACACUUGAAAAAACACCAGCGUGCACACACUGGCGCGAGAUUAUUCAAAUGCCGGUUUUGUGAUCAAUCCUACAAAUACAGCGGAGACUUGAAUAAACAUCUUCGGACUCAUCUGGGCAAUGAGAUAUACGAGUGUCCAAAGUGUCCGAAGCGAUUCAAAUACCCGAAUGAGCUUCAAAAACACGAAUUCGAGCAUUACAAAGAAGAAAAGGAGGCGAAUCAAACGAUGGAGUUAAUUUAAAUGUACUCAGAAUAAACGAUAAAAAAAUGAAUGGAAUGAAUAAAAUUUAGAAUUAAAAUGAA